ACAUAGAGAGAGAGAGAGAGAGAGAGAGAUUUUUAGAGAGAGAAUAGUUUUAUUCGAAUCACCAUGGCUGGUCUGAGUGUAGUCUUAGAAGCGCACGAGCCCUUCCCAAAAAACCCACAGAUCAUAAGCAAGCCCACCAUGAUCAGAAACUCUUCUCUCUCCUCCCCUUCCUCCUCCCACCACCCUUAUUCCCAUUAUGCCCCCACAUCCCCCUUCCUCGAGCACUGCUUCCUCUGCAACAAGAAGCUCUCCCAAGGCCAGGAUAUAUACAUGUACAGGGGGGAUCGGGCGUUUUGCAGCGUCGAGUGCCGGUGCAGGCAAAUUUACAUGGACGAGGAGAGCGUGAGGAGGGAGAAGAAGUGCUCCGCCUUCGCCGCGACCGACACCACCACCGUGGCCGCCGCUUCGCGGCGCCGCAGGAGGGUCGACGGAAAAGGAGGGGCUUUGGAUGGUGGUUUCGCCUUCUAAGAGGAGAGAGAAAAGAGAGCAAGAGACAAAGAGCAUUUGGUUUUGAGUUGUGUAGUAGUAAUACUAGUAAUGUUAGCACAUUUCCCUACACUAUUUACGUGAAAAUUGCAUGGAGACCCUCUCGAUUAUAGGAUAUUUUGAAAUCUGGCCUCCCCGAUCUGCUCUAGCUAGUGAUGCGACUUCUUUAAAAAUUUUAUUGAAUUUAAUUACUCUAUUAACUAUUAGACGCCGUUUCACUUCAUAAGAAGUGGUUCGAAAUGUUAUAUGUGAUAAAUUUUGAGUACAAAUUAUUUAAUUCAAAAUUUUCAAAAGUUAAAGAAGGUGUGAGUGGAAAAAAAAAAAAAUUGAAGUCGAUGGGACUUGUUUCUGAGUAGGGUAUAGUUGAGGGGAUCUCCAUGCAUUUUUAUCUACUAUUUAAGUGUGAGUGGUCCUUUAAAUUGUCAAUUGACGGAAAUGCCCUUGGGAGUUUUGGCCUAUUAUUAGGGAGAUAAGUGAGUGGGGGACUUGGUACUACAAACCGUAGGGUUGUUUCCGUAAUUUUGAUACUUUUGGCUUGUAUUUUAUUAUUAUUAUUAUUUUGCUUA